AUGUUGAGAAACCUCGCCAGAGUGGGUGUUGCUAAACAGGCUUCCAGGCCUUUGGCUGCUACGGUGCUGGCGCUUUCCAGAACCGCUGCCUUCUCCACCUCCAGAUCUGUCCAAAAAGAGGAAGAAGAGCCUCUUCAGAAUCUCUAUGAGUUGCCCAGAAAGUCCAAUGCUCCCAUCCAUGCUCCUAUCGAGAACCCAGCUGACAAGUACAAGGAAACCUCCGAAGAGUUGCACAAAUUUGGUCGCUACCUUAUGUCCUGCUUGCCAAAGUACAUCCAGCAGUUCUCUGUGUGGAAAGAUGAGUUGGUGCUUUACAUUCCUCCAUCGGCCGUCCGUAUCGUGAUGAUAUUUUUGAAAAACCACACUCCAGCUCAGUUCAAGUCUUGUAUGGAUGUCACUGCUGCUGAUUACCCAUCGAGAGUUAACCGUUUCGAUGUCGUUUACAACUUGUUGAGUGUGCGUCACAACUCCAGAAUCAGAGUUAAAACAUAUGCGCUGGAGACGUCACUGGUUCCAUCUGUGGUGCCUAUUUUCCAGGGUGCCAACUGGUUCGAGAGAGAAACAUACGACUUGUUUGGUAUCUUCUUUGAAGGCCACCCCGACCUCAGAAGAAUCAUGACCGACUACGGUUUCGAAGGCCACCCAUUGAGAAAAGACUUCCCUACUACCGGUUACACCGAAGUCCGUUACGAUGAAGAGAAAAAGAGAGUGGUUUAUGAGCCUUUGGAGUUGACCCAGGCCUGGAGAAACUUCACUGUUGGUUCCUCUGUGUGGGAGCAGGUUGGCGAAGGUAAAGACUUCACACCUGAGUCUUUCAAGUUGCCCACACCAGAGCCUGAGCCUCAGGAGGACGAAAAGGACAAGAAAUAG